UUUGUUGUGAUAUUUUGUAAACACUUUGUCAUGAAUUGAAUGUUCAGUCAAUUGAUUGCAAACUGAACCCAAAAGUGGUGCAAAACACGUGACAAAUGGUUGUCAAACACUGUGUCUAUAAGGACUGCGAAAGCGAUUCCCGCUAUUGGGACAGGGAUUACAUGAAAGGCGUGUGUUUCAUCCGAUUCCCAAAUCCGGUGACACAUCGCGAGAGGUGCGAGAAGUGGGUGAAGGCCUGCGACCGACCCCUU